AUGGAUGAUAUUCAUUUAAUAUCAACAUCACCACCAUCAUCAUCAGCAGCAAAUCUCAAACCAAAUUGUUCACCUCGAACUGAUACAUUAACAAAUAAUCGACAACGAGCAGAUUCUGCAUCUAUUAUUCAGCAAUCUGAUGUAUCAUCGUCGAGACCAGCUCUACUAGCACAUGAUGCACUUGGACCACUUCUUUUUGAGGCUCUGGAUGGAUUUUUCUUCACAAUAAAUCAUAAUUGUGAACUUGAUUUUGUAAGCGAUAAUGUUGGACAGUAUUUAAAAUUUUCUCAAGAUGAACUUGCUGGACGUAAUUUGUACUAUUGUGUACAUCCGAGUGAUGUUGGCGAGUUUAGCAAAGCUUGGGCAAAAAAAGAUGCCGGUGAUUCAUUAGCUCCAACUGCUAAUACUGAUCAAUCACAAAAUGGUCAAUCGCGGGGACGUACAUUCCUUUGUCGCAUGCGAACAAAUGAUGAAUCUUCGCCUUAUCUUACAAUGCUUGUAUCAGUUGCUCUUCAUCGUGAUCCAUCGGGUAGUGAUAAAACAUUUCUAAUAUGUAUUGCUCGUCGACCACCACUAAAUGAAUUACAAGAUAAACCAGCAUUACUUGGUUUCGAUCAAUUUUCUUCAAGAAUUAAUCUACAAUAUGAUAUUGAAAGUUUAGAUUCAAGUCAUAUGAAAUGUGAAACAAUUGAUAUGAAUUUUAAGGGAAAAAAUUUUCGAGAUUAUGUUUAUGAUAAUGAUAUCCCAUUAAUUAAUAAACAUUUUCAAGAAGUUGUCGAAAAAGGUGAAUCCAAAAGUGCUGUCUAUCGUUUUUGUCUACACGAUGGUAUAUAUGCUUUUGUUAAUACUCAAAGUAAAUUAUUUUCUAAUACAACAACUGGUAAAUCUGAAUCAAUUGUUUCUACUCAUACAAUUGUUCGUUUAAUUGAUAAUAUCAAUGAUUUAAAUGGAAAUGCAUCAACACGUUUAAUGAAAGCAAUUAUUGUAUCAAAUCGUGAUCUACAAAAAAAUAAACAACAAUCAUCAUCAUCACCAUCAUUAUCAUCAUUAAAUAAAGCUCAUACAUCAUCGCCACAAACACUAUCAUUACCAUCACAGUUACCUCCACCACAAACAUCGACACCACCCAUUGGCACACAGUUUGCAUUAACUAUGCUAGGUAUGCAUAAGAAUGCAUCGAAUUCAUUACAACAACAUGUAUCAAGUACUUUGAGUACUUUAAGUCAAGUACAAAAUUCUUUAUCAGCACCAAUAUCUAGUCCUAAUGAUAAAGCUCAACAACAAAUAAGUAUACCAUCACCACCAAAACCAAAUAUACAAAAAUCUUCUACACUUGAUACUGUUUCAUCAUCGGAUACUGUUGAAUUUGGUAGUAAACGAACACCAUUUAGUCCUUCAUUAGCUCAUUCCAAUCAUGGUAGUGUUUCUUCACCUGCUAAUUCGUUUGAUUUAUUAUUUACAUCUGUAUCACCAACAAAUGAUUUAAAUUCAUUUUUACCAACAUGUUCACCAGCUAAUAAAAAACCUUUAUCACCAUUACAAUUAAUUGAUCCACCAUCAUCAUUACACUUUUCUAAUAGUGAUAUAUAUACAACAGCAUCAAGUCCAAUAACAACUCUAGCGCCAUCUAUGCAAGCAACAAAUCAAUUACGUAGUUCAACACGUUUAAGACAAUUACUUGCAACAAAAUCUCCACCAUCAACAACACCAAGUCCACAUUAUCAUAACGAAAAUAAACUUCAUUCAAAUACAUUUGAUGAUCUUAUACAAGUUGCUGAAAGUCCUACAACAACACAUGUAUCACCAUUACCUAAUGAUUUACCAUCACCAACAAAACGUCGACGAAAUCCCAGUCAAACAACAAAUGGAAUAUCAAAUAAUAACAAUAAUACAAAUGCAGCAUCCGAUAUACUUCUUAAACAAAUUUUAGGACGACAACCACCUAUAACAACAUCAUCAUCAACAACACUCAGUACGUUGGAUGUUAAUACACCAGAAAAUAAUUCCAAAUGGUCAUCACCUGCUUCUGUACCGAUUAUUAAAACAGAAUCAAUUGCUCAUGAUGAUAAUACAUCAAAUGGAAAAUUAACAAAUACAAAUAAUACCAAUAAAUUACGUAGCGAUACUUUUCUUCGAACAUUGUUGAAUGAUGAAGUCCGUCCACAAAAAGUUGUUGUUGAAGCUCCAUUUGUUUAUAAUUCUCGACAUAAAUCUAAUCUACGUGCAUCAGGUGGUACAACUCAAUUACUUGGAAAUAGUAGAUCAUCAUUUGGUAGUAAUGCACGUGCAUCAUUAAAAAAUCAACUAUCAUUACAAGUAAAUAAUACAUCUGAUUUAACAUUAUGGGAUCAAAAACCAAAGAAAAAAACACGACAACAUUCACAUAGUUUUGGUAGUCGACCUAGUGUCAUAGCUACUGUUUCACCAUCAAGAAAACCUGGAAGACCAAAACGAGAACCAACUGAUUAUCUUCUAGCAAAUCCACAAUCGACAUUAUCAGAUAAUUCAUUAGAUUCAUUUUUUGAACCAUCAGCAAAUCUUGACCCACCAUUAACAAAUCAUUCAUCACCUAUUGUACUACGUCGUACGACACGAAAAUCAUCAUCAUCAAAUAUGACUACAACGAUUAAUUUAAAACGAUCUAUGGAUAAUGAUGAUCAAGUACAUAUUCAAAGAAAACUUCCAAAAUUACUGGCACAAUCACUUAAAGAUGAUAUUAAAAUGGAAUGUCAAGAUCAUACAAUUAUUUCACCAUCAGUAGCAAUUGCGGCAACACGUCCACUUAAUCAACUUACUCCAACAACAAUAAAAAGUGAACCUGAUAUAUUCGAUCGUAAUCCAUUACCAACAGCAUCAAUUAAAAAACUACCAAAUAAUUCACAACCAGCAAAUAGUCAAUCAAAAUUAUUACGUUCAUUAAUUCGUACACCACAAAUUCCAUCUUUAACAACAAAAAAAGAUGCACCACUUUAUGAUCUUUUACAAAAUCUUGAUUCAAAUGAUCCAUCAGUAUUUUCAACAAAUAAUAAUUCAACUGAUUCGCUUGAACAAUAUCCGACAUCAUCAUCAGCAUCAAAAACUUCAUCAUCAAAAGAUGAUUAUCUUGCUGCUUUAUUAAGUUCUGAUCCUCAACAACCUAAUGAAAUAUCAUUUAUUCCAGUUAAUAAACAACAACAAACGCCAACAUUUAAUCGUUCAACAUCAAAUUCAAGUGAUAGUAGUCGUAUAGCAGCUAUUGUUAAUGAUUUAUUUAAUUCAACAAAUACACCAUCAACAAAUACAGGAAAUAAUUCAAGUGAUGAUUUCUUAUCUUUAUUAGAUCAUAGAGAUUUUCUUGAGUGUCUAAAUGAUCCAACAACAAUUGAUUCGAUUCUAUCCCAGAAUUCAAAUAAUAUGAUAGAUUCACCGUUUUCCUCAACAACACCUAAACGUAGUGAAAAAGAUGAAAAAGCUAUUAGUGAAAUAUAUAAAACACUCGUUACUUCAUUUAAUCCCGGUCCAUCCUCGCUCGAUUUAUCUAUUGAUCAUAGUCCUUUCAGCUCUAUUACCGGUGACUUUUUAUUUGCUGACAAUAUGAAUAUGUCAAUACCACCAAAUCGAACAGUUCCUCCUGAUCCAUCAAUGCCAAUGUAUCGACAACAACAAACGACUUAUACAUAUCAAACUCCUCAACAACAGCAGCAGCAAUCAUCAUCAAAUAAUUCUCAAUUUUCUGAUUGUCUUCCAAUGGAUAUAAUGGAUAAUAAUACAUUUCCACCUAAUGUAUCUCUAUCACCAAUGAAUACUUCUUAUCUACCAUCAGCAAAUACAACAACAGCAGCAACGCAUAUGGAAACAAAUCCUAUGAUGAUGUAUUCUCAACAACCACCUUCACAUAUUCAACAUCAUCAAGCACAAAAUCAAAUGUCGAAUACAUUUUAUCGUCAACCAUCUCAAGCUCAACAACAAACAAUGUAUAAUAAUUUUGGUCAACCAUCACUACCACCGAAUCAAAUUGCUCCCAGUUACUAUCCAAUGCAACCACAACAAACUUCAUCAUCAUCGCAGCAACAACAGCAACGAAUAUCAACUGGUAAUCCUUCGCCACAAAUAAAUAAACGUCAAGCUUUACUACAUCAACAACGAACAUCACAGCAAAAUAAUCAACAAUUACAAUUACAUAUGUCUAUGAAUGUUACAUUGCCACAUAUGACACCAAAUCAGCAACAGCAAACGCAGCAGCAGCAACAGCAGUCACAGCAACAUCGACCUAUGAUGAAUACAUACAAUGAUUUAAUGAUGCCAAAUGGUAAUAAUACAUCAUUGCAACAAGAUUUUCAUCGAUUUUCACCAUCCGUGUCGAAUAAUAAUCCACUUGAUCUUCCAUAUAGUCAUGAUCUUUUUAUGUCAUCAUCGCCUGCAGGACCACCACUACCGCAACAACAACAGCAGCAGCAAAAACCACAAAAUCGUCAUAUGAACGUAAUGCAGUCACAGCAGCAGCAGCAACCACAAGUUCCUUCUUCACAGAUGGCAACGAAUCAGGUAUAA